AUGGCGUUGUGUCUCAAGCAAGUCUUCAACAAAGACAAAACGUUUCGCCCCCGAAAGAAGUUUGAGCCAGGCACCCAGCGCUUUGAGCUGUACAAGAAAGCCCAGGCGUCCCUCAAAUCUGGGCUGGACCUGAAAGCAGUGGUGCAGCUGCCUCCCGGCGAGAGCAUCAACGACUGGAUUGCCGUGCAUGUGGUGGACUUCUUCAACCGCAUCAACCUCAUCUAUGGCACCAUGUCGGAAUACUGCACGGAAAAAAGCUGCCCCAUCAUGUCUGGUGGACUCAAGUACGAGUACAGGUGGCAGGAUGAUAGCAAAUACAAGAAGCCGACCAAGGUGUCAGCUCCACAGUACAUGUGUAUGCUGAUGGACUGGAUCGAGAUGCUUAUUAACAAUGAGGACAUCUUCCCCACCAGGAUAGGUGUUCCCUUCCCCAAGCAGUUCCAGCAAGUUUGCACUAAGAUCCUCACCCGCCUCUUCCGUGUCUUUGUCCAUGUCUACAUCCACCACUUCGACAGCAUCAUCAACAUGGGUGCUGAGGCUCAUGUCAACACCUGCUACAAGCACUUUUACUACUUCAUCAGGGAGUUCAGCCUUGUUGACCACCGGGAGCUGGAGCCUUUGAAAGAAAUGACAGAACGAAUUUGCCACUGA